AAGAAGACUUGAAAUGCCGUGGCGCUGGUGCCAAGCGGCAGCACAGUGGGCGCCAUUCUCCUCAAGAGCCCUAAGAAUAUGAAAUUUUGGCGCCAAUUUUCUAGGGUGCUAGUGAUGGAGAGAGAGCGAUCCCGGCUAGUCGCCUUGGCGUUGGAUGUCGGCUUCGAUCGGGAUGUCGUGAAUGCGUGUUUGGAUCAGCUGAUUAGUCUCUAUGGGUACGAGGGCCGAGAUUUCGUCACUGUAGAGCAUUGCGGGGAUGAUUUUCUCGCGAGGCUGGCUGAUAGCACGCAAGCUCACGAGGAUUGGGAAACGAGUAGCCCUCUUGCUGCUUCCGAGGAUGGGGACGAUGCCUUUGAGCUCAAGGAGAAUGUUGUGGCUGAUAGCGAGAACGAGGAAGUGGAGAAUUCGAUGGUGAGAGACGUGAGUUCUUCCAGCGCCGAGGAGGAGGACGACGAUGUUAUCAUCAUUGAGGCCGAUGAAGCAACUCCAAUCAAACCAAAUGAGAAGAAAAGCUUGGCCCAAAAGAAUCAUCCUCCCAGCACUGCCGGAAGCGCGAAGAAAGCAAAGAAAUUGGAUGGGCGUAUCUCAUCCUUCUACUCGCCAUCUCCUGGAACUCCCACUUCUUCGGAGAACUCGGCUACGCGACGCCCAACUUACGAACAUUUGCGUUUGUUGGAUGACUUCGACCUUGCAAACACUGGCAUCUUUUAUCACAACAAGUUUAGGCCGUUCCAGCGCAUGGGAUGCGAGGCUGCGAUGGCUGGGAAAGAUCUCUUUAUUUUGCUUCCAACGGGUGGAGGAAAGAGUCUCUGUUAUCAGCUUCCCGCAGUGAUGUCUCCUGGAGUAACCGUCGUGGUGUCACCACUCUUGUCGCUCAUUCAAGACCAGGUACUGGCACUCGUCGAGAAGUUUCGGAUUCCUGCCGCAUUUUUGAGCUCUCAAUUAUCGUCUUCUCAAGCAGCAGCUGUCAUGCAGGAACUGAGAAAACAGCGACCCUCUUGCAAGCUUCUGUAUGUGACGCCUGAAAAGCUCGCCAAGAGCGCUUCCUUUCAGGACGUGUUGCACGGCCUGGACCGGCAUAGGUUGCUGGCUCGUUUUGUUAUUGACGAAGCACACUGCGUGAGUCAAUGGGGACACGACUUCAGACCGGAUUAUAAAGCCUUAGGAAUUCUAAAGCAGCAAUUCCCCCGAGUCCCUUUGAUGGCAUUAACAGCCACAGCAACACAUAGUGUCCGAAAGGAUAUACUUUCAAUUCUUCGUAUACCUCAUGCGACAGUCAUAGAGACGAGUUUCGAUCGUCCCAACUUGAAAUACAAGGUUGUGAUCAAGGAUCCGAAGGACCCGUUAGAGCAGCUUGGGAAGAUUAUAAAGGACGACUUUGCACGCCAGUGCGGAAUAGUUUACUGCCUCUCCAAGAACGAGUGCAGGGACGUUUGCGACUACCUCAGCAACAAGUGCAAGAUCAAAACAGCGUUCUAUCACGCCGGCCUCAGCAACCGCGAGAGAGUUUUGGUCCAAAACAAGUGGCAGAAGAACGAAGUUCAAGUAAUAUGUGCCACCAUUGCUUUCGGCAUGGGGAUCGACAAGGCGGACGUGCGGUUUGUCAUCCACAACACCAUGUCUAAAGCCAUCGAAGGCUACUACCAAGAAUCCGGAAGAGCUGGACGCGAUGGCUUGUCCUCGACGUGCCUCGUUCUAUACCAGAAGAAGGAUUUUAGCCGCAUAGCGUGCAUGCUGCGCAGCGGCUAUGGCCGCUCCAAGGAUUCCUUCAAGCGCGGAGUAGAACAAGGCCGCAAAAUGCAAGAAUACUGCGAAGAAAAGAAUCAGUGCCGAAGAAAGCUUCUUCUCGAGUACUUUGGUGAGAACUCCUCGCAGAACGGCUGUCCAACCGGUCCAAAUCGUUGUGACAAUUGCUCGAGAGGCCCGAUGAGCAGCAUCGUCUGUCCGGUGUGUUAUGAGGAUGCCAAGCCUGGAAGCGAGGAUCUCCAAGCUAUUGCUGGAUGCGGACAUGUGUUUCACGAGCUUUGUCUCCAGCAAUGGCUCGAGUAUUGCCACAGGAAACCGUGCUGCCCGGUGUGUAAAGAAUCUUGCCCGGCGAAACAGAUCCAUCGGCUAUACUUUUUAUCAUCCGACCAACAAUCAGUUUCUCACUCGCAAAACAGCAGCGCAACCAUUGACGCAGUGCUUGGGAAGCUGGAGUCUCAGCUCUCGGUAGCUAAUGCAGCACUACAAGCGAUCAAGCAAGAAAACAAGCAUCUCGAUGACGAGCUCGCCAAUCUUAAGAUCAAGCUUGAGAAAUCAGAGUGUGUUCGACGGAAAGCUAUGAGUGACCUUGGCAACUGCAGAGAAUCCUCGUCAAGGCUCCAGGAGGAAGUGAAUAGGAGUUUAGAGGACCGCACGAAGCUGAUUGAAAAGAACACGUCGCUAGCAAAAGAGCUUGCUUCCAUGAAAAUGGUAGCAGACAUUUCCUUGGACGAGGAUGAAAUCUUGCGGCUUGCAAAUGUAGGCCAGGCAAAGAACAAGGACAAUAUUAUUGACACGCUCACAAGAUCCCUUGUCAUUCGUAACAAGAGUUACAGAGACUUGGUGAACAAGUGCAGCUCUUUGGGAAUGAACGAGACAGUUGCUAUUCAAAAAGCUAACAAAGCAUCUGAGCAACUCAGAAUUCUGAAGGCUCGCGUCCAAGAGCUAGAAAAAGCUCUAGAGGUUAAAGAAAACAAGGAGCUUCGAGACCUGAAGAGGAAGAUCGAACAAAGUAAUACGAACUUUGUAGCUGAAAAACAGAUGGCUUCCACAACCGCGGAACAUGAGAACAAAGUCAGGCAUGAAACCGCUACUGAGGAUGGAUGCUUUGUGCCUAAGCCUACAAAUCUCUGCUCUGAUAAAGCUCUACAAAUCUCCAUAAGGCGCGACGCUCCAAUAUGUAGCCCGAUUCUUCCAGGCGACUUGGCGAAAAACCAAGAGCACGUCUGUGCGCAAGACUCGUCGACCAGAAAGAGAGUGUACGCCGCAACGAGCGGGACGAGCUCUCCUCGAGGAUUGACACCGUCCAGUAGUGACAAGGGAAGCUUCAUACUCCGCGGUGCAGAUGGCCGUGGUGGAAGAGUGACGAUCUUGAAGCCUCCGGGAAUCAAAGCAAGCGCGCAUAAACAAUCCAAGCGUGCCAGGAAUCACGGCAGCAACGAAGGAUUGCACAUAGAACACUUCUUCGGGCGCGCAGAAUAGAGUAUGUUUGCAUUACAUAGUAUAUAUUUUGCGGUAUAUUGCAUUUUGCAGCAAUGUAUGAUACCAUAGUUCUCCGUCAAGGAGCUUCCA